AUGAACCGCACGCCGUCCGCAUCCAUCAGGCCGUGCCCGGCACCCGUGCAGGGGGGCGCCGGCCUGAUCGCCAGCAGGACCGCCAGCCCCAGGGGCGCUGAGCCGACCGAGUCCGGAGAGUGGGACGCCAGGCGAGAGCUGCGGUCGGUGCAGGGGCCGAGGAAGCGGCGCAGGUCGCCGGAGAAAGUGCGCGUGGAGCUCGGCGGCCGGCAGGACAAGAAGCGGAACAGAUUGCGGGAAUUGCAGCCGCUCCAGACGUUGUGCCAAGGGGCUGGCGAGGGGGCAUCUGCCCUGGAGGUCGAUGUGGACCAGUACACAGGUCCAGUGGUGCUGACCCCAGAGGAAGAUGGCAUUCUCCCUGGGGAGAUCCGCGUGAUCCCGUCGGGCGAGGCUGAUGCAGAACUGCAAGAGUACCUGGUGCAAGACUACAUGCAGCAGUUUGCAGUCAUACGCUCCCUGCCAUCCCUGGAGUCCCUGGUGGACAAGUGGCGGCUCCCCAUCCUGCCUAUGCCAUUGAGGUCCUUCUCCCAACGGCAGACCCUGGUGCUGGAUUUGGACGAGACUUUGGUGCACUCUUGGAUAAACGAGGGCGACCAUGAGCACGACCUCAUGUUCAAGGUGUCACUAGUGACGCCAGAUGACACGGCAGUGUUUGUGAGGUUGCGUCCCCACUUGUUGUACUUCCUGGAGCACGUCUCUAAGUGGUUUGAGGUCGUGGUGUUCACUGCCUCCCAGAAGGCCUAUGCUGACAAGCUGCUCACCAUACUCGAUCCAGGAAGGAGGUUCUUCAAACACAGAGUGUUUCGAGAGUCGUGCGUUGAGCUCAUGGGCAUGUACUUCAAGGACCUCACUCUUUUGGGGCGCGACCUGGCGAGGACUGUCAUUGUUGAUAACCAACCACAAGUUUUUGGCCUCCAAGUGGACAAUGGCAUCCCCAUAGCCUCCUUCUACGACAACAGGGACGACACUGAGCUGUUGAAGCUGCUGACAUUCCUGCAAAAGAUGAUGAACACAGCCGAUGUGAGGCCUUUGUUACAAGAGAAAUUCGGGCUGCGACGAAUGAUUCAUGGCUGA